CUUUUAUUGCAUGAUGGCUGUGGCCUGUGUGUUUCUCUCUUCACAAUGUGAUAACAGUAAAGAUGUGGAAGCAAAUGAAGACAUUCAGAAGACAACUGAACCGGAACCAGACCGGAUCAAAAUUAACUAAACCCAACCGGGUUAACCAGCCAAAACAAACCCCACCUAAAGGCUAAAGUUACACCUACCCACCCCAACUCACCCCGUACCCCCACUCUCCCCACUACCCCAUCUCACCCACCCACUUCGCCACGCACCCCAUCUCACCCAUACUCUAAACACCCUCCCACCCACUCCACCCACCCACCCCUAUCUCUAACUCUUACACUCUCUCCAUGCUUUCUUGUUCAUGCUACAAGGUCUUAAUCAAGAACAGGUCAGUUUCAUCUGGUAAUUGAGGGCUUCUAAUCUUGGAACUGUUCAAUCUCUUCGCAGCUGAGUCUGAUUAUGUCUGGAAGAAUCCUCCCUAAUUUGCCUAAGCUGGUGAAUCUGAGUGAAGUCCUGUGGAAUGAACAGCUUGUUUCAUGCAUGUUCUACUGCAAUAUACACAAGGACUAGCCAUCUUGUUGUGAAGAGUUCAAUCUGUGGAUUUCCAUCUCUUUCAUGGAAGACAAGCUAUGCUAGAAUUAAAAAACUUGAUUCCAACUCGUAUUUGAAUAAAAUUUGUGUUUGCUGCUAUUCGUCCAAAAAGCAUAGUGGAGAUAGUUAUCCAUCACAGAAUUCUGAUUCCACUCCAGAAAUGAAGGAAGAGAGAGAUGGUUUCUUUGUUGUCAGGAAAGGAGAUCUGGUUGGAGUGUACAAAAACUUGAGUGAUUGCCAGACACAAGUCGGAUCAUCGAUAUGUGAUCCUCCUGUUAGUGUGUACAAAGGCUAUGCCAUGCCUAAGGACACAGAAGAAUAUCUUCUUUCUUGUGGGCUUAAAAAUGCUCUCUAUUCUAUCAGAGCUGCAGAUCUUACCGAAGAUCUCUUUGGGACUCUAGUACCAUGCCCUUUUCAGCAACCUUCUUCUUCAAAAAGUGGAACAUCUGAUCAUGUGCCAAAGAAGAGGCCACAAGACGCAAUGUGGUCAGAAUAUGCGGAUGCGGUUGGAUCAGCAGUUAUUUCAAAUGAUUCUGUAAGAAAGCAUGUCAAGUUAGAACAUCAAAAGGGUGACCAAGUUCUAGCUCUACCAUCUGGUCAGCGGUCAUGUACUCUUGAAUUCGAUGGUGCUUCAAAGGGAAAUCCUGGACAAGCUGGUGCAGGAGCUGUUAUACGGGCAGAUGAUGGAAGCAUGACCCUCAGGCUGCGCGAAGGUUUAGGAGUGGCAACAAGCAAUCAUGCUGAAUACAGGGCCUUUAUUUUGGGUUUGAAACAUGCACUUAGAGAAGGGUUCACAAGUAUUCGUGUUCAGGGUGACUCCAAGCUUGUUUGUAUGCAGAUCCAAGGUCUGUGGAAGGUUAAAAAUCAAAACAUUGCCACGGUGUUUGAGCAGGCAAAACAAUUGAAGGAAAGGUUCCUUUCUUUCCGCAUCAUUCAUGUCCUUCGGGAAUCAAACUCUGAUGCAGAUCAGCAAGCAAAUUUGGCUGUUGAACUUCCUGAGGGUCAAAUUCAGGAGGAGGUAGAGAAAUGACAAACCACACAAAUGGUUUUCGCGUACAUGGCAGAAAUGUAGUUAUGUUACAGACAAGGAUUUCUACACGCACUAACCACUAGGUCCAGUGCUUGGCAGAAUCUUGAUUCUUUGACCUAAAAAGGUUUGUGCUAUGAAGCCAGUGGAUCAUCUGCUGAUUUAAUGUCAGUUUGGAUUAAUCUUAUUGCAAUUAGGAAUUAUGUAAAUGUUAUUGGAACAAAUGUUACUAUUGUUUGGCUUUGAAUUCUCAACAAUGGAUUGCGCGCUCUAUGUUCCCCAGAUACUGAAGAAAGAUCAUGGAAUUAUUGAUUCAAAUCAUGUCUGUGUCAUGUGUAAUAUUAUAUGUAUGUAUUUAACAAUGCCCCAUCAAAUAAGUGGAAGACUCAUUGAACUGUGAAACAUCUUCUUGUCAAAGAUGAGUUCCACUAGUAAGAUAUAGUAUAUAAUAAAAUUGUUGUUAGUUCUUGCAA